UGUACGGAUGUUUAGCAUCCCCACGAGAUGACUUUAAUCUCACCAAAUAAUUUUUUUCCCGUACCUCAUCUUCUCAUUUAACAUGCCUCAGAACGAAUAUAUCGAGCAGCACAUCAAGCAGCACGGAAGAAGACUCGACUACGAGGAGAGAAAGCGUAAGAGAGAGGCCAGAGAGGGCCACAGAGUCGCUAAGGAUGCCCAGAACUUGAAGGGUUGGAGAGGUAAGCAGUUUGCUAAGAAACGUUACUCUGAGAAGGUGGCUAUGAAGAAGAAGAUCAAGGCCCACCAGGAGCUGAAGGUCAAGGGACCAUCGACUCCAAAGGCAGAUGAGGGAGAGGCUCUUCCUACGUAUUUGUUGGACCGUCAGACCAACAACACCGCCAAGGCUAUCUCGUCUUCUAUUAAGCAGAAGAGAAUGGAGAAGGCAGACAAGUUCUCGGUGCCUUUGCCCAAGGUCAGAGGUAUUUCCGAGGAGGAGAUGUUUAAGGUGAUCAAGACAGGUAAGUCCAAGUCCAAGUCUUGGAAGAGAAUGAUCACCAAGCACACAUUUGUUGGUGAGGGAUUUACACGUAGACCAGUCAAGAUGGAGAGAAUCAUCAGACCUUCUGCGUUGAGACAAAAGAAGGCCAACGUUACCCACCCGGAGUUGGGUGUCACGGUGUUCUUGCCGAUUCUUGGAGUUAAGAAGAACCCUCAAUCGCCAAUGUACACACAGUUGGGUGUUUUAACCAAAGGUACUAUCAUCGAGGUCAAUGUGUCGGAAUUGGGAUUGGUUACUGCCGGUGGUAAGGUUGUUUGGGGUAAGUACGCUCAGAUCACCAACGAGCCUGACAGAGAUGGCUGUGUGAACGCAGUCUUGUUGGUGUAA